GCGUUUCCCCGCCGUUAAAGGCUGUACGUGGCUCUGCCGCCUGUUUUGUCAGGUUGUGACCUUACUGACCUCGGGAGUCAUAGGAAGGAGCUUAGGGGACCCAGUAAAUGUAGGAAUGGACUCAGUGGCCAUUGAGGAUGUGGCUGUGAACUUCACCCCAGAGGAGUGGGCUUUACUGGAUCCUUCACAGAAGAAACUCUACAGAGAUGUGAUGUGGGAAACUUUCAGGAACCUGGCCUCUGUAGGAAAAACAUGGGAAGAUCAUGACACUGAAGAUCAGUACAAAAGCCAGGGGAGAAGACUAAGAAGUCAUAUGGUAUUGAGACUCUGUGAAAGUGAAGAGGGUAGUCAGUGUGGAGAAAACUUCAUCCUUAUUCCAAAUGUUGAUCUGAACAAGAAAACUAGUGCAGCAAAACCAUGGAAAGAAAGAGCAUGUGGAAAAGUCUUCAUGCGUCAUUCAUCCAUUAAUAGGCACGUUACUGGUCACACUGAACACAAACCAUAUGACUGUGAAAAAUAUGGGGAGAAGACAUAUAAAUGUAAGGAAUGUGGGAAAGCCUUCGUUUUUCCCAGUGUUCUUCAAAAACAUGAAAGAACUCAUACUGGAGAGAAACCCUAUGAAUGUAAAAAAUGCAGUAAAGUAUUUGCUUCUUCCAGGUCUCUUCAAAUACAUGAAAGAACUCAUACUGGAGAGAAACCAUAUAAAUGUAAAAAAUGCAGUAAAGCAUUCAUUUAUUCCAAGUCUCUUCAAGUACACGAAAGAAAUCAUACUGGGGAGAAACCCUAUCAGUGUAAAGAAUGUGGGAAAGCCUUUAUAGCUCCCUCAGGCCUUCGAUCACACAUGAUCUGUCACACUGGAGAUGGACCUUAUAAAUGUAAGGAAUGUGAGAAAGUAUUUCUUUUUCCUAGUGCUUUUCGAAUACAUGAAAGGAGUCACACUGGAGAGAAACCCUAUGAAUGUAAAAAUUGUGGUAAAGCAUUCAGUCAUCCCAGAACUCUUCGAAUGCAUGAAAGAUGUCACACUGGAAAGAAACCCUAUGAAUGUAAGGACUGUGGGAAAGACUUUAUUGCUCUCACCACCCUUCAAGUUCACAUGAUCACUCACACUGGAGAUGCACCUUAUAAAUGUAAGGAAUGUGGGAAAGUUUUCGUUCAUCCCAGUUCAUUUCAAAUACAUGAAAGGAGUCAUACUGGAGAGAAACCAUAUGAAUGUAAAGAAUGCAGCAAAACAUUCAGUUGUACCAGUUCUCUUCGAGUACAUGAAAGAACUCAUACAGGAGAGAAACCAUAUGAAUGUAAAAAGUGCAGUAAAGCAUUCGUUUAUUCCAAGUCUCUUCAAGUACACGAAAGAAAUCAUACUGGGGAGAAACCCUAUCAGUGUAAAGAAUGUGGGAAAGCCUUUACAGCUCCCUCAAGCCUUCGAUCACACAUGAUCUGUCACACUGGAGAUGGACCUUAUAAAUGUAAGGAAUGUAAGAAAGUAUUUGUUUCUCCUAGUGCAUUUCGAAUACAUGAAAGGAGUCACACUGGAGAGAAGCCCUAUGAAUGUAAAGAAUGUGGCAAAGCAUUCAGUUGUACCAGUUCUCUUCGAGUACAUGAAAGAAUUCAUACAGGAGAGAAACCAUAUGAAUGUAAAAAAUGCAGUAAAGCAUUCAUUUUUUCCAGUUCUCUUCGAGUACAUGAAAGAAAUCAUACUGCAGAUUAACCCUUUGAAUGUAAGGAAUGUGGGAAAGCCUUUAGAGAUCCUUCAACCCUUCGAUCACACAUGAUUGUUCAUGCUGGAG